AUGCUGCCACGUCGGUGCGGCCAGUCCCAGCGCCGACGACACCGCAGAUUCAGCCUAGAGCGCAUUCGCCUGAAGAGGCUGCCUCGGCGGGCCCUGCUGCUCGCUAUCUCACUGGCGAUCGCGCCGAUGCCCCUCGACUCGCGGGAUACCGCACUACGCAGACUGCGCGACGCUCAUUUCAGCUCCACUGUUACGAACCGUGACACUCUUCUGAAAACAUGGGAGGACUUUCACAAGGAGUGGUUUUCUCAUCGCUCCGAGGGGCCGGGAGGCUCGGUCCCUGUUUUCCCUUUGACCGACGAGUCCAUCGAGGCGGUCGCGGCCAUGAUGAAGGAGGGAGGCUACCGUUCGUUCGACCAGUACAUGUCCCGCGCAAAGGACAAGCAUGUGGAGAUGGGGUUCGCUUGGACGGACAUCUUGGACAGUGCCCGGAAGCUCGCCAGCCGGGCGGCCAAUCGCGGCUUGGGGCCCGCCCAUCAGGCCGCUGCGUUUCCGCUCCCGGCGCUCAUGGCCCUGGAGCUGGACGAAGCCGCGCUUGCCCGGGGAGGCCCGGCGGCCCCCGGGUCUAUGCCCUGCGCAUGCUGUGCUAUCCACCGUCAGCUGGACUUCCUUGACAGCAGGGGUUGGACCGACCCGUCGACGCCGCUGUUCCCCACAGAGACAGGCGGCACGGCUACCAAGGAGGCUGUGGUCAAGACUUUCGAAGCGAUCGCUUCCAAGCUGGGCCUCCCUAUCGUGGACCAGGGAGGCUACCGCCUGUGGGGUGGGCAUUCUCUGCGAGUCACUGGGGCGCAGUGGCUGGCGUCGCAAGGAGUCUCUAUAGCAGUCAUUCAGCUUCUGGCUCGCUGGAAUUCGGACGUGGUCUUCAGGUACGUGUCGGAGGCUCCUCUGCUCACUCUGGCGGAUGAAUAUCGUCGCGCCCAUGCCGCGCACCUGGUCCACGAGCGCUUCGCAGCCGCGCAGCGCACCAUCGGGGAGCUGGGACAGCAGCUGGGCGCGAUGAAGGACAGGGUUGCGAACAUGAGCAGCCAGGAGCAGGAGGUCCUCGCUUUCAUCAAGCAGUGCCAGGAGACGAGAGACAGGCGAGGCCCUCUCUUCGUCGUGUCGGAUUCGAACGUUCACCACAUACCGGAUACUUGCCGAUUCGUCGACCUUCCAAUAUUUAAAUGGAAGGCGCGCUGCGGCUGGAACUUCGGCUUGUCCGACUUCUCCUACGCGGAGUCUGCACCUCCGGACCUGAGAUGCAAGAAAUGCAUGCGGACCGCUGCGUGCUAAUACCGGGCUCGCGUCAGUGCUCAUACGGGCUGAUUCGGAUCUCU